AUGAUGGGCUGGUUUACAAUCAAAAACGACCUGCUCAGUAUGGAGAGCUUUGCGUCGUCAGGGGUCGCGGUAGUCCUCGUGCUCUCCAUUCCUUUCAUGACCGACAAUGUUGCAUUCAACUCAAUAUCCCUCGCAAAUUUUGGUCUGAGCCUUCUGCUCUCACCCAUAAUCUUCUCUGACAGCUUCCAAAUCACAGAGCCGAAUUGGUGGUUCCUUCCAAUUUUUCUGGUUGUAUUGGAUGCUAUUCUGUACUGGGUACAUCGCUUUUGUCAUCGCGUCAAGGCUCACUGGCAAAUCCAUCACAAACCUGCCAAGAACGCUCUACAGUGCCUGGAACUUGAUACGUUGGAGUUCUUUGUCUGGUUUUCUCCCGUUGUUGUGGUUGGCCGCAUACUUCCGAUCCCUCGAACUGGCGCCAUCGUCUUUCAUUUGCUCUUCUUCAGUUUGCAAUUGGCCAUUCACUGUGGAAAAGACAUUCAGUGGCCCAUUUUCAUUAGCCCCGCAGACCAUGCCAUACAUCACUCACGACAUCACUACAACUAUGCGAACAUCUUCAAGAUGACUGAUAAGAUCUUUGGAACCUACUAUUACCCCCAGGUGGUUCCAAAUAGGUGA